UUUCAGCGCGCGGCUCCUCCUCUGCUCCGCGUUUCUAAACGCACGGGCGCUCCGCGCGCGCACUGCCCCGACCAGCAGCAGCUCAGCGUGCACGCGAGCGGACAGAUCAUUCUCCUGUCUGAGGAAAAAGAGACAGGCUUCUUUAAUUUUCUUUUCUUUCUAUUAUUAUUAUUAUUUUUAAAACACAGCCGAGACACCGAGUCGUGCCUGCGGAAAGGAUUUUAAAGAUUGCGAUAUUUCUUACUUUUUUUUCUUGUUGUUUAAGGAGCCGUUUUUUUUCCAUCGCUCGCGCACAUUUUGGGUGAAAAAAAAAAGUCUCGCGACGUGACCGUUGAAACUUUUUCCCCCCUUUUAGCAACAAGCUAACCUCCCGGAGCCUGCUUGUGGAAGCCGACCUGAGGCGACGGGCAGAGUUUGAGGAGGUCUGGGGGAAACGAAAAAACGCUUUUAGUGUCGACUUGUUGCGCUCGAAAAGUCGAGUUUGGAUUGCAGGAAGCGAAUUUCGAGCGCUUUUGGAAGUUUUGCAGACUCGCUUGUGCGUGUUUUGUAUCGCUUUUGUUCUCACAGAAGAACCGGGCUUCACUCAUUUUACACGAUUCACUCACUCGACUCAGUCACACACUCGACUCCCUCACUCCAUCAACAGCCGAGAAGUUUUUACCCGAGUCUCGAGUGAGUUUUGCAAGACUUUUUGUUUUUUCCACCUUGUUUUUUUUUUGAGGUUUUUAGCGUUUGUUUCUACGGAGCAGGAUUUCACAACGUUAGUCAUGGACAAGUUGGAUUUCGCUUCCGAGGAUUACUACUGAAAUAGUCUUUUAUUUUUAUUCUCUUUUUCUCCAAAUGCUGCCCGUGAACUGAGCUAACACUUGUUUUUCAUACAGCAAGCUACAGUUCCCUGAUCCAGCACGUUUUUGGAGGGAUUUUAGCGCAUAUAUCUAUCUAUCUGUGUGUGUAUAUAAAUAUAUAUAUAAAAAAACACUCUUUAGAGCCAACAUGCCGCAGUUAAACGGAGGCGGAGGAGACGAGCUCGGGGCGAACGACGAGAUGAUCUCGUUUAAAGACGAAGGCGAGCAGGAGGAGAAGACAGCCGAGAGCGUGUCCGCCGAGCGGGACCUGGACGACGUCAAGUCGUCGUUAGUGAACGAGUCGGAGAAUAACAGCAGCUCGUCGGAUUCGGAGCCGACUGAAAGACGCCCACCACCUCGUUCCGACAUCGAAAGUUAUGAAAAAGCCCGAGAGUGUUUUACUGAAGCACUGAGAAGACAUGAAGAUGGAGGUUUGUUUAAGAGCCCACACUACCCAGGUUACCCCUUCCUCGUGCUCCCGGAUCUCACCAACCCAUAUUUACCCAACGGAGCUCUCUCUCCAACUGCCCGGACCUACCUGCAGGUGAAAUGGCCGCUGUUGGACAUGCCGAGCUCAGCAGCACUGAAGGACUCCAGAUCACCUACACCGGGACAUUUGUCUAAUAAGGUUCCUGUGGUGCAGCACGCUCACAUGCACCCGCUGACCCCCCUCAUCACCUACAGUAAUGAUCACUUUCCUCCAGCGACGCCGCCUGCACACCUCUCCCCAGAGAUCCUGGACCCUAAGACAGGUAUCCCACGGACCCCUCACCCCUCUGAGCUGUCUCCAUAUUACCCACUCUCUCCAGGGGCUGUGGGGCAAAUCCCUCACCCUCUGGGCUGGCUCGUCCCACAACAAGCACAACCCAUGUACUCCAUUCCUCCAGGAGGUUUCCGCCACCCAUACCCAGCACUCGCUAUGAAUGCUUCCAUGUCCAGCCUGGUGUCGAGUCGUUUUUCUCCUCACGUUGUGCCUCAUCAUCCUCACAGCCUUCAUCAGACGGGAAUCCCUCACCCUGCUAUAGUCUCUCCAGCCAUCAAACAGGAGCCCAAUGGAGAACUGAGCCCUGCCUCACACACGAAGUCUCCAGGGCCGGCGAAGAAGGAGGAAGAGAAGAAGCCGCACAUUAAGAAGCCCCUGAACGCCUUCAUGCUGUAUAUGAAGGAGAUGAGGGCCAAAGUGGUGGCCGAGUGCACUCUCAAAGAGAGCGCCGCUAUAAAUCAGAUACUAGGGAGGAGGUGGCACUCUCUGUCUCGGGAAGAGCAGGCCAAAUACUACGAGCUGGCCAGGAAAGAGCGACAGCUUCACUCUCAGCUCUAUCCCGGCUGGUCCGCACGAGAUAACUAUGGCAAACGGAAGAAGAGGAAGAGAGAGAACAAGGCUGUCUCAGCAGCAGAGGGUGAGGGGGAUUACUCCGCACGGAAUAAGAAGCCUUGUGUGCAGUACCUCCCUCAGGAGAAGAUGAUUGACAGCCCGGCGUCCUCUCACGGCAGCAUGCUGGACUCACCGGCCACGCCCUCCGCCGCCCUGGCGUCGCCCGCCGCGCCUGCCCCCACUCACUCCGAGCAAGCCCAGCCGCUGUCGCUCACCACCAAACCCGAGCGUCACCACCCUCACUUCUCUCUGAUCUCCAAACCUUCAUCAUCCUCAUCCUCUUCUUCCGCUUCCACUUCCUCCUCCUCCUCUUCCUCCUCCUCCUCUUCCUCAUCUCACCCCAGCAUCUCUCUUGCCGUCAGCUCCUCAGGCCCUCAUUCGACCCCGCAUCUCCUCACCCGACCCAUCCCCUUCGCCUCCCUGCACCCCUCACUCUUGUCCCCGCCUUCGCCGUUCCACCAGGCCGCCCUGCACUCCCAUCAUGCCCUGUUCCAGACGCAGCCGCUCUCCUUGGUAACCAAAUCAGCCGACUGAGCCUACAGGAACAGCGCUCUCUCUCUCUCUCUCUCUCUCAUUCAAUCUCUUUGCUUUCAACAUGCUGUACAUUGCUUUUUUUACAAAUUUGCCAACCCCUCCCCCCCACCCUCCACCUUCCACAUAGACGUCAGGUUAACUUUUGAUAAGCGAAAAGUAAAUGAAUAUUAUUGGUCAAUAUUUGAUCACCUGCUUUUCUGUGUCUCUCUCUAUGAAAGUGUAUUUUUUUGUAAAUUCUACUUUGGAACUGGUUUCUUAUUUGAUACAGUUAUCCAGCGAAAAAACUCAUUGUAUAAAGUUAUGACUUGUAUUACAAACUUCUUUAAUAAGACAAGAAGGAACGACAAAAAAAAAAAUUCUUAAAAGCGUACAUGUAAUUAAUGGUAGUUUUAAAGUUUUAAUUCCUAGUACAGGCCGUUUAUUAGAAGGCUUUUGAGACUACCCCUCCAGUUUUGAAGUGUGUGAACUUGAUAAAAUAAAACUUGUAAAUUGUUUCUAGAA